UCGGAUUCAUCCAGGUUUGAUGUCACAUUUGCAUCGUACGAGAUUCGGAGAAGUGACUUUCUAGAUGAAUCUAGUGGUCUGAGCCGAUGACAGACCCUCCAAUUGGUCAAUGCCAAGCAACAUCAAGUGUUCCACACAAGAAGCCAAGGGCCCUUGGAGUCAGAGAGUGGUGGGUGGGCGUUCAAAACGCGCUUACGAAUCACACAAUUUACCCACAAAUCAAGAACAAAAAGUCAAACAAUUGGAAAAGUGAUUAAUGCUUACAGGAGCAGCUGAAGUCAAAAGAUUGGUCGAUUAUUAAGGUUGCAAUCUUAAUUAAGACAAUUGAAUUACAUGUCAAAAGGCUGACGCAAAGAGAAAAGUGCCAAAUGUACCAAAGACAGACCACCACCCAAAGAAAAAAGUGAAAAACCACUCGACCCUUUACAUACCUGUCUUUGUUUUCUCUCUCUGCAUUGUUAUAUCUGUAUACUUUCUCUCUCGGACUAGACUGUGGGCGUUCUGACAGCAGGAUCAAAGGUGGGGUACUUUGGAGGAGGGAUAGACAGUAGACAGAUAUGGCUAAUGAUGCAGCAGCUUGUGCUGAGAGGGCCACAAGUGAUAUGCUGAAUGCUCCAGAUUGGGAAAUAAACAUCCAGCUAUGCGAUAUAAUCAACAUGAAUCCUGGGCAAGCAAAGGAUGCCCUGAAGAUACUCAAGAAGCGUCUUGGGAGUAAAAAUCCUAAAAUACAGCUCCUUGCUCUCUUUGUGUUGGAGACUCUUAGCAAAAAUUGUGGGGAGAAUGUGUUUCAGCAGUUUGUCGAGCGGGACAUCCUACAUGAAAUGGUCAAAAUUGUGAAGAAGAAGCCAGAUUUGAAUAUAAGGGAGAAGAUUUUAAUUUUGAUAGAUACAUGGCAAGAAGCCUUGGGAGGACCCAGGGCAAGGUAUCCGCAGUACUAUGCUGCAUAUAAUGAGCUGAAGUCUGCCAGAGUGGAAUUUCCACCACGUGAAGAAAACAGUGUACCAUUGUUUACUCCGCCACAAACCCAUCCUUUAGUUCACCCUCCUUCAGUGUACGAGGAAGCUGCUGUUCAGGCCUCUCUUGAAUCUGAUGCUUCUGGGCUCAGGAAAUGUCUGGUUUCAGUGCACUCCCUUAGGAAUCCUGUUGAAUGGUGUGCCCAAAUCCUCCAUAACUUCUUAGGUGGCCUCCCGUUUUUUCAAAAUGAUAAAUUAGCUUCAUCUGCCAGAGUGGAAUUUCCACCACGUGAAGAAAACAGUGUACCAUUGUUUACUCCGCCACAAACCCAUCCUUUAGUUCACCCUCCUUCAGUGUACGAGGAAGCUGCUGUUCAGGCCUCUCUUGAAUCUGAUGCUUCUGGGCUCAGCUUGCUAGAGAUUCAAAAUGCUCAGGGACUAGCCGACGUGUUAUUGGAAAUGCUUGGUGCCUUGGGUCCUCAGAAUCGUGAGGGUGUAAAGCAAGAGGUGAUAGUUGACCUUGUUGACCAAUGCCGUUCUUACCAAAAGCGUGUCAUGGUUCUUGUGAACAAUACUGUAGAUGAGGAGCUCCUGCUUAAGGGACUGGCGUUGAAUGAUAGCCUGCAGUGUGCUGUUAGCUGGCAUGAUGAGAUUGCGUAUGGAACUCCUUCUGUUGGAGUAAGACUAAUGGAAACUCCAGUUGCACCUCUUAUGAAUGUGAAUCACGAGGAUGAUGAGUCAGAAGAUGAUUAUGCCCAGUUAGCGCAUAGGUGA